AUGUUUUCGAGCCGUCUCGUGUUUUUCUGCUUUGUUAUCAUCAAAGGAGCUUGUUCUUCAGAUCCAGAGGUGGUAGUUCUGCGAGCAGUUCGUGGUCGAGAUGCGAGACUGCCUUGCGGUCAAGGCAAAGUCUUCUUAGAUGGGCCAGACUCCUACGUGCUAUGGUUGAAGAACGAUAGAGAUUUUUUAUAUCGAUUCCCAAAUGAAGAAACGGAAAGAAGAUUACUUAAUCACGAUCGUGUCUAUGGCACUUCGUGUGACAGUGGCGCUUGCUAUGACGACACCUCGCUCUUAUUGAAGAGAGUCAGCGAGCAGGAUAGCGGAAUUUACAGAUGCCGAGUCCACUACCAAGCGUCGCCAUCUCUUGACUUUGUUAUUGACAUUAGAUUGGUCGAUUCACCCGGGCGGCCACAGAUAUACAAUGAAGCUGGUGAAGAAAUAAAGAGGGGAUAUGUUGGCCCACUCAGUCUUGGUUCUGAUCUGACGCUAAUCUGCGAAGUAGAUGAUGAACAACCAGAUACCCUUGUGUAUUGGCGUAGAAACGGCGUAGUUAUAGAAAGAGCGCACACUAUACGCCCAGGGGUAUUGCGAGCUGAUGUGCGCCUGCGCAACGCAACACGGGAUGAGCUCGAUGCGCAUUACGAGUGUCUUGCGCAAAACGCUGACGUCACAGAUCCGCUAAGCGCGAGCGUUGUCGUCAAAAUGUAUCUUCCACCAAUAAAAGUUGAGAUCCGUUUGAACAACAACUUUGAUUUCGAGGCGGGUCAACCGAGGGUGGUUGACUGCGUAGUCGUGGGUUGUGUACCACCACCUUCCAUAACGUGGCAUCUUGGUGAUGUGUUGUUAAGGCCGACCGUUCAUAAGGAACUGCAUGAUGGAAAUUACACAGUAUCUUCACUGACACUUGCUCCGUCUCUUCGGGACAGCAAACAUGACCUAAUCUGCAGAGCACACAACUCUCAUCUACCCACAGGAGUUUUCGAAGACAAAGUGACACUCAAUGUGGGAUACCGUCCCCUGUGCAUCUCAACUCGGGAAGAAACAAUUGGUGCGAUAGAAAGAGAAGCGGAAACAGCGACGUGUGUUGUGGAAGCUUCGCCAGAGCCUCUUCAAUUUAGUUGGACCUUCGCUGACUCAAGGACACUGUAUACAAGUGUCAAGAAAGUACCUGGACAUCACCACCGAUAUUCUUCCACUUUGACCUGGCUACCCCGGGACAGCGAUGUGGGCCUUCUUCUCUGCCGAGCCACGAAUUCUUUUGGAGAACAAAAGCGGCCAUGUUCUUAUACAAUAUCCGCUGGUGGGCCCCCGAGGGCACCAGACUGCGUUGUGCUGAGGUCGUAUCCCCACGCAGUGCGCGUACAAUGCCAAAAAGGCUGGGAUGGAGGUAGACCACAGACUGUAUACUUGGAGCUCCUUAACGCAGACGGUACAGUCAUCCAGAAUGUGUCAAACGCGGCCGGACAUUUUCAAUUACCCGAUAUAGAGGACGAUAGGAAUUUAACUGCAGUUAUUUAUGCAGCUAGUUCUAGAGGCCGGAGCGAGCUGAAAACUCUACAUCUUCAGACCAUCACACCUUUAAGUGCAUCAGCGGUGAAAGAGUACUCACAGGCUGGUAGCUGGACACACUGGCUCGAAGGUUUUGCGGGGAUUGUCGCAGUAGCUGCUGCUCUGUCCGGAAUGGCGGUCUGUGUCAAAAUAUUUAAAAGGAAAAGAGACAGCGUCGAACACAACCCAGAUCUGGUACCACGAUCGGAUGGUACUUUUCACCGAGAACCGGAUUUUACACGGGAAGAACGCUUAUUAGGUACCACUAAUAUAACUGUUAACCAGCUGGCUUCAUGUCAGAAUCAAUAUUCCCCUUCGCCUGUGCCAUCUUGUAGAGUCCUCGUGGGUUGUGCUCAUCCACCACCUCAAGAUUCUUGUCCAGCUUCCCAGCACUCAUAUUUUGUUUAA